AUGGGAAAUAAUCGGGAGGGAAUUGAAAGAAUAAAUUAAGCGAUGUAAAAAGAAGAAUUAAAAAAAGAGUUAAGCGAGGUUUAAAGAGCGAAUUACAGGGUGAAAAUAGAAGAAAAAAGUAAAAUAGAAGGAAAUUUGAUUUAAGUAAAUCAUGAUAUAAGAUGA